AUGAUUCUAUUGAUCUUAACUAUAACUCUAUCUAUCUCGACGAUAAACUGUGGACAGAUGAAAGCUCCAGUGGAGCUUAGUUUUGGAGAAUUUGAGGGAUAUGUUGAGCAUGCAAAAACGAAUAAUAAAGUCUUUGAUUUAUUACAUGAAGAUUUCAAAUAUGAAUAUUCCACGUAUACAAGUUAUACCAUAGAAGAAUUUCAAGAAGAAGUUAAUGAAAUGAAAAACAUCGAUGAACGAAAUUUUCUCCUUGCAAUAAAACUUCGGGGAAAUGGUCGUACCAUACAUACAUUAAUUGAUGAUAGCAGUUGGAGUUAUACAAAUCAUACAACAUUGUUGGCUACUUAUGUUCGAAACUCAAGACAUAUCGAACAAUAUGAUAUACUUUAUAUAAAAAUUAGUCAAACUAAAAAGAUCGAUACGAUUAAAUUAGCAGCUGCUUUGACGGCAGCAGGACUAAUAAUUACAGCAGGCCCAUUUGGAAUGGCAUUAGUUGGACAAACUGCAACUGCUGCAGCAGCAACAGCAACCGGAGCAAAAAUUGCAGCUAUCGCAACGGCAGCAUUUAGUGGAACAAAAGUUGCAGCAGUUGCAACGACAGUAUUAGGUGGAACAAAAACUGCAGUUGCUGCAGCAUCAGCAGUAUGUGGGACAAAAACUGCACUUGCUGCAACAGCAGCUGUGACAGCAGGUAAAAUUAUUCACGAAGCUUCCGAUAUGUAUGACGUAGCAAUUGGCUACGGUAUUUAUCAAAUGGUACAGAAAAAAAUCUUUCAUAUCGACAAUGGUCAGAUAUAUUUAAAGCUUUCAUAA